CGCUACAUGUACUUCUUGCAUUCUCAGCCAUUUUGACAAGAUAAGGCUUUUGAAGCAGCCAUGUUCACUGAAGCGCUCGUUAUUACGUGGGUCAGCAUGUGCGCGGCCAUGCUGUACACUGACCCGCGACUUUGGAUCGUCGUGGCCUCCUCAUUGGUUUUCACAGUCGUUCGGGUGGCGAUAGUGCCUCUGGCGUCGGCUAGGGUGAAGGCUUUUCCUACUCUGUCAACGUUCGGCCAGCUGCUAUUUUGCAACACAUUGGUGUCAAUGCUGCACUCAGCGCUCUCGUCUCUCCUAGCAAUAUCGGCGCUGCUCAGCUCUCACUCGCUGCAUGACGACUACGUCAAUACUGUAACGUGGGGAGAAUUCCUUGCUACUUCUGUCUCAACUGGCUACUUUGCCUACGACUUGUGGGACUAUGUACUGAAUCGGUUGUACGUCAAGUCUCCGGGGAUCAUUGUGCACCACGUAGUAGUGCUCAUCUGCUACAUCUCCGCUCUCACAAAGACUGUGGGUGUGCCGCUACUGUCGCUCGCGUUGGCUUGUGAGCUGCAAUCUGUGUUUAUGCACGCUCGGAAGCUGCUGGUCAUGAGUAAUUACUCGGUGUGGCAGUCUACGCUCCUCCAAUGGGUCUGGCGUGCGCAGUGGACGUCGUUCGGUGUAGCUCGAUUGCUACCCCACGUGGCCGUCGCUACGCUAACGUAUCGAGCUCGAGAACUUUUCGCGCAACAGUCCCAUUUCGCCAUGGCCUUUGGUGGAAUUCUUUUCAUCAAUCUUUUAAACGCUCAGCUUUUCCUCGACGUCCGCAAAGCGUGUCGAAAGGACUAUACUUCGCCAAAGACGCCUCCGUCGCCUGUUCCGGUCUCGAAAACUCCCCAGAACUGCAGCAUUAUAGCUAGCGCUCUACAGUAG